AUGAAGAAGUUUCGGGGCAUUGAGAAAGACCUUUGUGUCCUUUUAAAUUCCAAGAACUACCAGUGUAUCCUCGCUUUAGUUUUUGCCAUCGAGGAGAUCAACAAGAACUCACAUCUUUUAUCUAACGUGACUCUGGGAUUUGAUCUCUAUAAUAUCCUCUAUGAUCAACAGGAAACACUGAAGAAUUCACUCAGUUGGCUCACAGGACUGGACAAGACAAUCCCUAAUUACACCUGCAAGAGAGAAAGCAAGUCUGUAGCCGUGCUCACAGGCACAAAGUGGGAAACAUCUGCUCAUAUUGGGACACUACUGGAGCUCUACAGAUUUCCCCAGUUUACCUUUGGACCCUUUUAUCCUACUCUGAGCAACAAUGUCCAGCUUCCUUCUGUCUAUCAGAUGGCCCCCAAGGACACAUAUCUGGCCCAUGCCAUGGUCACUUUGAUGCUCCAUUUCAGCUGGAACUGGGUGGGGCUAAUCAUUUCAGAAGAUGAUAAAGGUAUUCAAUUUCGCUCAGACUUGAGAGGAGAGAUGGAAAGAAGCAGCAUCUGUAUAGCUUUUGUGAAUAUGAUCCCAGUCUCUGCUUCAAAAUAUCUGAUGAGAACCUCCUUCUAUUAUAACAACAUCAUGAUAUCAACAGCAAAUAUUAUUGUAAUCUGGGGGGACACUGACUCUGUACUAGGCAUGAGUUUUAAAAGAUGGGAAUAUUUUACCACACACAAGAUCUGGGUGACUACCUCACAAUGGGAUGUAACCACCAGUAAGAGAUAUUUUGUCCUUGACUCAUUCCAUGGGGCUCUCAUUUUUUCACACCACCACAAUGAGAUUCUGGGCUUCAAAGAUUUCAUCUGGAGAGCAAACCCUUCCAAAUACCCAGAAGAUUUCUACCUUGCUAGGAUGUGGUGGAUGUAUUUUAAUUGUUCAGUUACAAAUUCUAACUGUGAAACAUUGAAGAAUUGUUCAUCCUAUGGCUCCUUGGAAUGGUUAACUUGGUACCAGUUUGACAUGGCUAUGAGUGAUGGAAGUUACAACAUAUACAGUGUUGUGUAUGCUGUGGCCCACGCCCUCCACGAGAUGCUUCUUCAACAAGUAAAUACAGAACCAGUGAGAAAUAGGAAAGGACUGAUCUUUUCCCCACAGCAGCUACACCCCUUCCUAAAGAACAUCCAAUUUAACAAUCCUUCAGGUAAACUAGUGAAUGUGAGUCAGGAAGGAAAAUUAGAUGCAGAGUAUGACAUUUUCAACUUUUGGAAUUUCCCAGAAGGACUUGGUCUUAAGGUGAAAGUUGGACAGUUUUCUAAACAUUUUUCUAAUCAUCAACAAUUGUCUUUAUCUGAGCAUAUGAUAGAAUGGGCCACAGGAAUAAGACAGACUCCCCGCUCUGUGUGCAGUGCAAGUUGUGGCCCUGGAUUCAGAAAAGCUCUUCAGGAGGGGAAGGCUGCCUGCUGUCACAAUUGCAUCCCCUGUGCAGAGAAUGAGAUCGCCAAUGAGACAGAUAUCAAUAUAUAUGGUGUGAAAUGUCCAGACCACCAAUACGCCAGCAAUGACCAGACAGUUUGUCUCCAAAAAGCCAUAACAUUUCUGGGCUAUGAAGACAUCUUGGGAAAGACAUUAACCUUUACAGCCUUGUAUUUCUCUGCUCUCACAGCUGUUGUGCUUGGCAUAUUUGUGAAGCACCGAGUCACUGCAGUAGUCAAGGCCAAUAACCGGGCUCUCAGCUACACCCUGCUCAUCUCCCUCACCUGCUGCUUCCUCUGCUCCUUGCUCUUCAUUGGCCGGCCCAACAGAGCCACCUGCAUCCUGCAGCAGACCACAUUUGGAGUCGUGUUCACUGUGGCUGUUUCCUCUGUCUUGGCCAAGACUAUCACCAUGAUUCUGGCCUUCAAGAUCACUGCUCCAGGGAGAAAGAUGAGGCAAUUUCUCAUAUCAGGGGUGCCGAACUUUAUUAUUCCCAUCUGCACCCUGAUUGAGCUGACUGUUUGUAUAGUUUGGCUGGGAACUUCUCCUCCCUUUGUUGACACAGAUGCUCACUCUGAACAUGGCCACAUCAUCAUCGUGUGCAACAAGGGCUCCCUCACUGCCUUCUACUGUGUCCUGGGAUACCUGGGCUCCCUGGCACUGCUGAGCUUCACCGUGGCUUUCCUGGCCAGGAACCUGCCCGACACAUUCAAUGAAGCCAAGUUCCUGACGUUCAGCAUGCUGGUGUUCUGCAGUGUGUGGGUCACCUUCCUCCCCGUGUACCACAGCACCAAGGGGAAGGUUAUGGUGGCCAUGGAGGUCUUCUCCAUCUUGGCCUCCGGUGCUGGGCUGCUGGGAUGCAUCUUUGUCCCUAAGUGCUACAUUAUUCUCAUAAGACCUGAAAAGAACUGUUUGAAAGCAGUAAGAGAUGAAUAG